AUUGUGCUGACACAGGGCGACCUAAUGCGUCAGCUUGACGGUCAGGUCAAUGACUUCAUGGACAGCCUUAUUGAGGAGUCGGCCAGCCUAGAGUCUGCACAUGUAGCUGCUGUCCUCUCACCUUCAAUGUCAGACAAGGAGAAAAGUAAACUCAGGCAUCUUCAGCCUCCUCAUGGUCAAGGGAAGGUUUUUGUCAGUCGCAGGUCUCUCUUGGAUGACCUUUUUGAGGUGAAUCACUUCAGGACAAUCUACCACAUGUUCAUUGCGUUGCUCAUUAUUUUUAUCCUCAGCACAUUUGUGGUAGAUUUCAUUGAUGAAGGCAGGUUGGUGCUGGACUUCGACCUGCUGGUAUUUGCGUUUGGACAGUUCCCCCUGGUGGUGUGCACAUGGAUGUGCAUGUUUCUGUCUGUGUUGCUGAUUCCUUACACCUUGUUCCACCUGUGGUCACAUACCCUGUCUGUAUCGUGCAGUCACCCCAAAGUUUGCAAUUUGCUGUUUGGCUCUGCUUUUGUGAUCUACCUAACUCUGGGUCUGGGAUUCCUGCCUCCAUAUGUGGCUGUGACCAACAGUUUGCCCCCUGCAUCUUGCUUCAUUGUCAUAAUGGAACAGGUGCGUCUAAUGAUGAAAGCUUACUCCUUUGUCAGAGAGAAUGUACCGAGGGUUUUGGCCUGGUCUAAAGACAAAACAAGUUCUGGCCCUGUGGUCCCUCAGGUUUCUCAAUAUCUCUACUUCCUGUUUGCUCCCACACUAAUCUACAGAGACAACUAUCCAAGGAACCCAGUGAUCCGGUGGGGGUAUGUGGCUACAAAUUUGCUUCAGGUACUGGGCUGUCUGUUCUACGCCUAUUACGUGUUUGUGCGUCUGUGCAUCCCUCAGUUCCACAGUAUCAGUGGGCAGCUCUUUGACCUGAAGGCCAUGGUGCUUUGUGUCUUUAACUCAAUGCUACCAGGACUGUUGAUUUCCCUGCUGGGGUUCUUUAUCCUCCUCCACUGUUGGCUCAAUGCAUUUGCUGAGAUGCUUCGCUUUGCUGAUAGGAUGUUUUACAAGGAUUGGUGGAAUUCAACAUCUUUUGCCAAUUACUACCGUACUUGGAAUGUGGUGGUCCAUGACUGGCUGUACUACUAUGUGUACCGGGACUUUCUGUGGAUGACUGGGAAACGCUUCAAACCCGGUGCCAUGCUGUUUGUAUUUACGGUGUCUGCAGUGGUUCAUGAAUACAUUCUUGCAGUUGGCUUUGGCUUCUUCUAUCCAGUGCUUUUCUGCCUCUUCAUGACCUUUGGAAUGAUGUUCAACUUCAUUCUGCAUGACCGAAGGAAAGGCCCCAUCUGGAACAUUAUUAUGUGGGCAUCCCUCUUCCUGGGGCAGGGGGUCCUCAUCUGUUUGUACUCACAAGAGUGGUAUGCCCAGCGCUACUGCCCACUGAAGGAGCCUACAUUUCUAGACCUACUGAAGCCUCGGUCCUGGAGCUGUCAGACGUUUGAUGGUGGACUGAUGGAACCUACGCACUGACCGCUGACAAGGACUACUACUGAUCAGUAUACUGUAAAUGCAGCCAACCGUUCUGCUACUUUGUUUUUUGUUUUUUUGUUUUUUUAGCUGAACAAAGGUCAUGAGUGAUUCUGUAAACCUCUGUAGUUGUCUGCGUGUAUUAACUUUCAUUACAGCCAAUUCAAAGGAAAAAUAACAAGGUCACAUUUGAAAUACUAGUGAAAACUUUUUAUAUUAUUGUCACAGACCUUUAAAACCUGAACUACUUUCACCUUUCAUGAGAUCAGUUAUUCUAUAUCGAGUCAAUUUAUUCUUUAAAUGCUGAAUGUAUUACUGAGAAUCUAAAUGAACUGGUUGACAAAAUUGUAUUAUCUAGAGGUGUUUGCUAAAUAAACCAAUGCACUGUUGAAGUUGCAAAUUUGUGCAUGUUUAACUGCAGGGAGAUUGUAUUUACACUUGAAAAUAACGGCAUGCACAAUAGGAAGUAAAAACCAGCAGUGAAGUCAGCACUUAUGUGGCCACGGGGCGGCGCUGUACUAAAAGCUAUUAUUUCGUCAU